CCUCACCAACCUUAUUUUCUCCACCAUUAUUACACCCCCUGCAAAAAGUGGUGUGUGCGUGUGUUAUAUAUAUAUAUAUAUAUAUAUAUAUUAUGCAUCUAUCUGCAUGCCCACCUCCAUUAAUCAAUCUACCUAUUCUUCUUUCUUCUUCUUCUUCCUUCCAAGCCCUCACCAAAGAAUGACAAAGAUGAAGCUUCUAGUAGUUCUUUUGGUGGCUCUGGUUCUUGUUCUGAUCUCUUCACAGGCUGAGGCUCAGACCUCCUCACAACUCUCAAGUUUCUGUGACCAGAAAUGUGGGGAGAGAUGUGCCAAGGCAGGAGCGAAAGACAGGUGCCUCAAAUACUGUGGGAUCUGCUGUGAGGAUUGUCACUGUGUGCCAUCAGGUACUUAUGGGAACAGACAUGAGUGCCCAUGUUAUGGAGACAAGCUUAGCUCCGGGGGCACUCCCAAAUGCCCUUGAACUUAAUUACAUCAUAUAUGGGGGAGAGAUCUUCAGCGGUAACCAUGGCUGUGGAUUUAAUAAUACUUAAUGGAGGAGUUGUGUUUGGAUAGGAUCUGAUGGUCUGAUCUGGCCAUGGAGCAUGUACUAUAUUUUGUUUUUACUAAUGAAUAAAUAAUUUUUUAUUU